CAGACACUUUGAGGGGAAAUAAAUAAAUAACAAGACUUCGAUAGGUAUAGCUUCCCUCAUCAAACUGUCGUCCAUCACAAACUCCUCAUUGGAAUGUGCAGGUUAGCGGCCGAUUACUACGGUAGAGCCUGCCUGGAGGUAUCUUCCCAUGAUCUGGCCGCUUUCCAGGCGAGGUACAGAUGCGCUUCAGGGGCGGCGCCCCGGCAUAUCAGUCCCUGGACAGGUACCGGCAGACACACUUCGUGUGAGCAGACGUCUGCGAUGCCCCUCUACAUCCUCACGGCAUCUCCGCUUUUCAUAAGAGCGCAGGGAUUUUGGCUUUAAUGCGUCUUAACGCUACAUGGCUCCGUGGGGCAUGGACGCGCCGCCCAGCCGGAUCUGCGUUUACCUGCCGGCGCUCAUUUGCUGCUUCACUCCGGGGAUCGCUGCGUCUUGGUGGUACAUGCACUCCCUGGGCUCGCAGGUCAUGUGUGAUAACAUCCCGAGGUUGGCACCCCGUCAGCGGCAGCUGUGCCGUCAGCAUCCCUCAGUGAUGCUGGUCAUCGGAGCCGGCAUUAAGGACUGGAUGGACGAGUGUAAAGAGCAGUUCCGGCAUCAACGCUGGGACUGCAGCGCCGUGGCCCGGGAGCAAGGCAGCUACCGGCGCCUGCUGCCCCGCGACACGCGUGAGGUGGCCUUUAUAUAUGCCGUCUCCUCUGCGGGGAUGGUGCACACGCUCGCCAGGGCCUGCAGUCAGGGGGAGCUGGACACCUGCUCCUGUGACCCGCAUAAGACGGGUAUCUCCUCGGACAGCCAAGGGUCCUUCAGCUGGGGUGGCUGCAGUGACAACAUCAACUUCGCUGUCAGCUUCGCCCGGGCCUUCAUCGACGCUCAGGAGGGGAAGCAGCGGGAUGCCAGGGCGCUGAUGAACUUGCACAACAACCGGGUCGGACGGAAGGCGGUAAGGUGCUCCAUGAGCCAGGAAUGUAAGUGCCACGGUGUCAGCGGGUCCUGUGCAGUCCGGACAUGCUGGAUGGCGCUCAGGGACUUCCGGCGGACUGGGGAUUACCUGCACAGGAAGUAUGACGGAGCCAUCCAGGUGGUGAUGAACCAGUAUGGCACCAGGUUCACCCGUGCCCACGAGAGCUUCGGAAACCUCACCAAGAACGAGCUGGUGUACAUGGAGACGUCUCCAGACUACUGCAUCCGGGAGCCUGAAUCCGGAUCCAUGGGCACUGGAGGGCGUGCCUGCAAUAGGACGUCGAAGGGCACCGACGGCUGUGAGGUCAUGUGCUGUGGGCGGGGCUACAACACAGCCCGGGUCAGCCGCACGUCCCAGUGUGAGUGCACGUUUCACUGGUGCUGCACCGUGCACUGCAAGGACUGUCAAGAGCUGGUGGAUGUGCACACCUGCAAGUUCCAAGAGGGCCCCAUGUAUGACCUCUGAGCCCCAGCACCUUGGUCGCCACAGGGACUCCAUCCCACCAAAGACAAUGAGAAAAUGAAUUUCCCCACACUGUGGUUCAGAACAUAUUUCUUGGUUACUCUUGUUUAACAGAACCCUAGAUGUACCUGAACCCGAGUCUGAUCUCACCUCAGAUAUAUGAGAUGUUUCUACUGUUUCUACUGUGAUGUAGGGUCCAGACCUUUUGACAAAGUAUCUGUUAGUACUGUUUACAUUGUGAUUUAUAAUGCUUAAACACCAUGUACACCAGAGCCUCCUGAUUCAGCCUCUGUUCUGUAUAUAUACACUUUAGCCUAUUGCUGAAGCACUACAUGCUUUAAAUGUUUUGUGAAAUGAACGAGAAGAUGAAUCAGAGGACACUGUC